AUGGAUAAACUUAAGGAAGUAUGUUUGAACGUUCUACAAUAGCACGAACUCUCCAAUCAACCCUCAAAAGAUAGUUGUGUUCGAGACGAUGGUUCAAUUGGGAGGCGCACCCUCCCCAGGUUUCGUCAAUUAAGUAGUUUGGGAUUUGGGAGGGGGCGGUCGGGAACGAACUACGGUCAUAUGAAUUCCUCGACGCAGAGUUGAUUGGAGGGACCUGAUUCGCUGAAAACUUGUUCUGUUUUUUUUUUUUUAGAAAGGAAAGAGUCUAGGUCGACGAAGGAUCAAGUUUCGUUUGAUUGCACUGUCUAUUUCCCCUCGCCCAGUAACCCAACCCAACACCUUUUAUUAUUGACAAAUGUACUAACUCAAAUUUUUUUUUUUUCAGAAAAUCAACAGCUUGAAAUUGGAUUCCGAGAAGUGGCAAGAGAAGUCCGAGGAAUUGGCCGAGAAGAUCAAGGAACUCGAACAAGAAAGCUUGGAAAAGGACAACCAAAUCCAAGCUCUUACUAGAAAAAACCAAGUUUUGGAAGAAGAAGUUGAAAAAUUGGAAGGUAACCUUGGUGAUAUCAAGCAAGCUGCUGAUGAGUCUCACUCUUUGAAAACUUCCAAUGACAAUUACACCAAAAAGAACCAAGUCUUGGAAGAGGAAUUGGAAGAAGCUGACAAGAAUUUGAAAGAAACUACAGCUAAAUUGAGAGAAACCGAUAUCAAAGCUGAGCAGUUGGAAAGAAAGGUUGCUAGCUUGGAAAGCGACAAGGAGGAACUGGAGAGGAAAUACGAGGAAUUGACUGAGAAGUACAACACCGUCAAGGCUGAAUUGGAUGAAAUCAGUCAACAAUUGGAAGCUAUUUGA